CAUACAUUCUCUUCUAGUUUUCCAAGAAUCACACAUUCAAAAACACACACAUUAUAUAAAGAGAGAGAUGAUGAUGAGAGGAACAAUGGAGGUGACGGUGGUCGGCGCAAAAAAUCUCCAAAACACUGAAUUCUUCGGUAGGGUGGAUCCAUACGUUGAGAUUCACUACAAUAAUCAAGAGCAGAAGAGCACAACCGGACGAAGUAAAAUUUCCAAAUCUCUCCUCAGAUUCUGUGUCUGUCUCAAGGGGCAAGGCAGCAGGAAAGCAGUGUGGAAUGAGAAAUUUAAAUUCAAGGUGGAAUUGAAGAAAGGCAUGUCUAAAGAAGAGAAGAGGAAACAACAACACAAACUCAUCCUCAAAAUUAUUGACCAAGACAACUUCACACUAGAUGACUUCCUUGGCCAAGCCACAGUUUAUGUGAAUGAGUUGUUGGAAAUAGGAAUGGAGGAAGGCAAGGCUGAAAUGCCUAUUCAAAAGUAUAGGGUUGUUGCGAGUGACAAAACAUAUCGUGGUGAAAUUCAAGUUGGAGUCACUUUUACCAUGGAUAGGGAAGGCGAUGAUCAGCAAGAAUUGGAUGGUGGAAAGAAACUUAAAACUAGCUAGUUGUUUCCAAUCUCUUACUCUAAUAUAUCAAUGUUGUGGUUUGUUUGAAUGGAUUAAUUGUAUUUAAUUAAAUAUGGAUGUGUAAGUAAAGGGUUUAUGUGAAUAA